CAGAAAACCGAGAGCAUUCCAAAUUUCCCCAUCAGUUGAGGCAACUUACAAACAGCCAAUGAUCCCAGCUGCCUCGCUCGGCAUUUCUGAAAAUGGCUGUUGGGUUGGUGGCGGGAGAAUUGAAAUAAAAGAAGCGGUUGGCCCAAUUAUGUGGCGGGAUCGGCCCAAUACUAUUCUAACAAAAUGGUUCAGGGUGAUUUUCGUAAUUCACUUGGCCACGGGGUUCUAUAUCUGUUUCGGUCGGACCCGGAUCCCUGGAGCCGCCUGCAGAAAUGGUGAUUACCAACUUCAAUGGAGCUGGGGUUGGCUUUGGAUUCGGCGUUGGCUGCGGUUUUGGGGUUGGAUGGGGAUUUGGAGGCACGCCUUUGAAUAUCUUGGGGCUUGGUGUAGGUGGAGGCUGUGGUGUUGGACUAGGUCUUGGAUGGGGCUUUGGCACUGCAUAUGGUAGUCAGUAUCAUUCAUCUGGGGUCACAUUCCAUGGUAUAGAGGUUGGCAAAAAGGAUCAUGAACAGAAAAGCAAUCAGGACGCUCAUGCUUCACAAUAGCUGCAACUAAGCUCAUUUCGCAAUAGGUGACUCUGAGUUCAUAAUCUCUGCUUGGUGAAUGUUAAGUUUUUGUGACUGCAGCGCCCCUAAAGUUGCAGUCCUGAUGUUACAACAAGCCAAUGUGACUUGGAAGUUUGUCAACUAGUAUGUAUUUAGUCUAAUUGGCACUCGGAUUGUCUAUGUAGAGAAAGAACAAAGCUGGAGAAUGGAGAUUCUUUUGGUGUUUAGCAUUCAUUUGAUUUUCAUAGUAUUGUCUAUGUUGAGCAACUUCUUUCUGUCAGAAUCAAAGUUAUCACUCUUAAUGAAAAAAAAAAACUAUUGCUGUCUGCUAU